CUCAGUUUGGAUCCUUGACAAAAACAUACAUCUACUAGUAACAAAAGAAAACAUUUGAAAAUUCACUAAAAAGUUGUGUUUUUUGAGUGAUCUCGAUGGCGGAGUCUGCCCUGCUUCAGCAAGACGAACUGGCAGAAGUGCUUCGCGAGUGGAACGAUGAAGAAGACGAAGUAGUUGAAUUUAUCCAACAGUCGCCACCACAAGGGACACGUCACAGAACAGAGAAUGGUUCUCUCAAUGAAGACGUCUCUAGCGAAAGACYUCCUCCAAGAGAAAAAUCAACUUUAACAGGGAAGCCAUUUUACUACCCGUACAUACGAUGUAUYAAGACAUUCUGUUUAUUCUUGUCGUUCGUUGGCUUGGGCGUCUCCAGUGCUAUGUAUGGACCAACUAUUCUUGACCUUGCCUACCACACCCAAUCACGCCUUGCGCAAAUGUCGUAUGUGUUUACGGCUCGCUCUCUUGGUUAUCUAGUUGGUAGCAUUGGAGGUGGCUGGAUGUUUGAUAAAUACAACAAAUAUUUAGUACUAGGAUGCUCUUCAUUGGGAAUUGUAUUAGGAAUGGUAGUGUUUCCAGUGGUUAGAAGUGUCUAUGCCUUGAUAAUGAUUGGAUCUGCAAUGGCAAUAUGUUCUGGAAUAUUAGACACAGCUGGUAAUGCCAUUCUGUUUGUUCUCUGGCCAAAGAAGUCACAGCCAUAUAUGCAAAUGUUGCACUUCACCUAUGCAUUUGGGUCAUUUCUUGCACCGUUGCUUGCCAAGCCAUUCCUUCUCCCAGAAAGCGUGACCAACUCAACAUCAAAUGCCACAGUGAAUGGGUACGACCCGGAUGGCAUUCCCAGCGUUACGUGGGCUUAUUGGAUUGGUACAAUCCCUUGUAUUUUCGCUGGAAUAUUUUACCUGGCGUGUGCUUUCCUAAAAUCAUUUAAAGAUGAAAUCAUCAAGAAGGAACAUCAGCUUGCAGCUAGUUACUCAAACAAUAAGGUUUUCACGGCCAUUGUUCUCGCUCUGUUCUUUCUGUUUUUUCUAUUUUACGUCGGUAUUGAAGGAGUUUAUGGUGGAUUUGUUUUUACGUUUGCUGUAAAGUCCAAACCGCAUAUGAGUCGAGGUGAUGCGGCUCUUUUAACAUCAACCUUCUGGGGAACAUUCGCAUUUGCAAGACUUCUCUCUGUGCCAAUAACCAAGUACUUAAAGCCACAGAAGAUUCUCCUCAUUGAUAUUAUAGGAUGUCUCAUCGCCAGUGUAAUACUUCUCUCACAAGCGCACACCGCAUGCGACACUCACUCAAGCGCAAAACUAUGGGCAGGGACAGUAAUUCUUGGUAUUUCAGCAUCAUCUAUAUUUGCGUCAACAUUGAGCUGGGUGGAAUAUUUCCUGGCAGUAUCUGGUCGUGUGGCGUCGUUUCUGAUCGUUGGAGCUUGUGUUGGCGAUAUGAUAGUUCCAGUUGUUGUUGGAAAUACUUUUAAAUCUAUAGGUCCUUGCACGCUGUUGUACUCCAUCUUCGCUUUGAGUUGUCUCUGUCUAUUUACCUUCACUGCCAUCCAUCUUUUUGGCAGACAUUUUAAGUCCAGUAACACUUCUACAACUCGUAUAGAAUUUCACAAAAAGAGUAAACUUCCAGAAGAGCCACCAAAACCCAAAGAACAAGAUGAAGAUGAAGUUCUGAAGCUCCUCAAUGAACAAAAUAAUGAAAUUUUUAACGGAAAUUGAAAAACAAGUAUUUUAAAAGAGAUAUUGCUCAAAAUAAUUACUUAUGUAGUCAUGUUGAUUGGGUAACAUUGAGUUGGGAGUUUCACAAGCAGAGUAACUUCCAGAAGAGACACCAAAAAUCAAAGAGUAAGAUGACGAUGAAGUUUUGAGCUCUUCAAUGAGCAAAAUAUUGAAAUCAUAAGUUUAAUUGAAAUCCCAGUGUGCUUAGCCAUGUUGAUUGGGCAACAUUGAGUAGGGUUUCGGGCGGGGUUUAGUUUUGUGUACUUCGUUGUAAAUUGUAAAAAUGUAAGUCAUUUUCAAUGUUGUUAGUAUUGAAGCGAGCUGGAUGAACAGAGAUUGCAACAAAGAUAUAUGAAGAAGGCAUAUCUGUCAAGGCGCACCUGGUAUGGGAAACCGACAAGAAGAAUUAAUUUUGGCUGUUUCAAAAACGCGAAUGUUUUCUUGACUCUUAUAUACUCGACAUAUUUUGUUGCAGAAACGUUUUUUCACACACCUGAAUGUUUAUAAAUGAAACUGAUGAAGCAAAGAAACAAACAAAUGAAACAGAUAAUGAAAAAAAACGAAGGCUAUACUACAACACAACGGCUAAAAAAUAAAAACUAUCAAGAAUCUAAACACGUUUUGUAAACGUUGAGUUAGUUAGCCGGAUGUGCAAAUAAAAAUAAUUUAUAGU